ACACCACACGGGGGCCAAUGUCGUCACAUCCUCUCUUCUUCCUGUUGCUUACAAACAGCUAGCGCCCUGACGGAGGCUGGACUACAUUGAAUGACAUGUUCUGUCAACACAUUUAACCCUCUUGGUUUCGUAUGAAGAACAUUCAAACAAGCAGCACAAAUGGCCCACUGAAAUAAAAUGUCUGCUAAAACCCGCUGAUGGCAGAUAGUCUGCCAGAAUGAUGUAUCCUUGUACACAGACAUCAAGCAUCCGAUUGCCUGAUAAACUUCAAGUUCUCCACUGCUGUUCCAAGUGAGCCAGCAAACGCAUGUCGCGAAUCAGAACCACACUGGACAGUGUCACCAAGGCAGUAGGCAGCACUGAUCUCAUCUCCAAGUUCUCCCGCCGAAAGCCUGGAGGUGGCGCAGUCGACGGCCCCCAUGCGGAAAAGGUCCUGGUCACCACUGACAACACGGCUACGGCCUCGCCAUCUGAAACCACCAUGAAGGAAGAAGAAGAAGGUGAGAGGAGCUCGGCAGGGGAAGUCUCGGACAAGCAAUGGCAGCAAGUUACAGAAAAUAAUUAUGUUGCCUCAAAGAAGUCCACAUCCGGUUUAGCCUCAGCAGCGAAUGUGUCUGCACCAAGCUCUUCCUCGACCAUGGCGAAACAAUCUACGGAGCCGUUUCACCCGGCAGCUCUGACCACAAACAUGGACGAGACCUACAAAACUCUAGCUCAGCACAUCAAUAGUUACUUUGGCACCAGCACACAAGAGGAAGGAGGAGACAGCAGACCACCACAGCAGCAGGAGCAAAGAAAAGGGGGUGAUCCUGUUUCUGAGCCCACUCUCAGUGCCGCCACUCGGACGAUUAGGGACCACAUUCCUAUAUUGUCCUCAGUGGCAGAGGCUAAAAGUAUUGAUGCACCCACUACCUCGCCUCCCUCUUCAUCUCCAACAGAAGAGCUCAGCUCUCCAGCAGGGAUGCCCUCCUCUGAAAUCCCUGCGACUCAAAGUGCAGCUCAGUCCAUCCCUGUGCCUGUUCCCUCUUCUAAAAAAGGCAUCACCCAUUAUCUUACCUACCCUCGGCCCAGCGUUCAGGCGUUUGUCGGUAGCUACAUCGCACCCCUGGUCCCCAAAUUUAGGAGUGAUUCCAAAAGCAUUGCAGCUGAAAGAGACAAGUCUUCAGCGGUCGCUGUGGAAGAGCCCACUGUGGACAAGGCAAAAAAGAAAGACGGUAAACAGGAGAAAUCGGAUGAAGUGAAGCAACAGCUGUUGACUCAAAGAGAGAAGAUAAUAGCCAGGGUGAGUGUAGACAACAGGACCAGAGCCCUGGUGAAAGGCCUGCAGAGAGUCACCGAUGUCAAGCUUCUCACCAGUCGAGUGGAGGAGCUCAGCUGUCACCUCCUGAAGUUCCCCGAGACACGAGGUGUAGCUAUCAUGGAGAGUGUGCUGCCCUGCCUGCUGCGCUUGCGCCAGGCCAGAGACCCGCCUCUUCAAGCUGCUGUGAGAGAAGCACUGGCCCUGGUUGGCUACGCUGAACCAGUCAAAGGCAGAGGAAUUCGGGUCCUGGCCAUAGAUGGAGGCGGAACAAGGGGACUGCUGGCCCUGCAAACUCUCCAGAAACUGCAGAACUUGACUGGCAAACCAAUCCACCAGCUGUUUGACUACAUCUGUGGAGUCAGCACAGGUGCCAUUUUGGCCUUCAUGCUGGGAAUUUUUCAGAUCCCCUUAGAUGAGUGCGAGGAGAUGUACAGAAAGCUGGGCUCAGAUGUGUUCAAACAGAAUGUCAUCGUUGGAACCGUGAAGAUGAGCUGGAGCCAUGCUUUCUAUGACAGCGAAAUAUGGGAAAACAUCCUCAAGGAACGCCUGGGUGAGGGGCGUAUGAUUGAGAGUGCCAGGGACCCACACUGCCCUAAAGUGUCAUCAGUGAGCACCAUUGUGAACAGGGGUUUACCUCUGAAGGCCUAUGCGUUUAGGAACUACAGACUUAUGCCAGGAGUGAGAUCCCACUACAUUGGAGACUGCAACCACAAAAUGUGGCAGGCCAUCAGGGCCUCUUCUGCCGCUCCGGGGUACUUCAAAGAAUUUGUCCUGGGAAAAGAUCUGCAUCAGGAUGGAGGACUACUAAUAAACAACCCCACAGCUUUGGCCAUCCAUGAGUGUAAGUGUCUGUGGCCCAACACGCCACUGCAGUGUGUGUUGUCUCUGGGCACCGGGCGGUACGAGACGGUGGGCAAUAACAGCACGACCUACACCAGCCUCAAGACCAAGCUCAGCCACGUCAUCAGCAGUGCUACAGAUACCGAGGAGGUGCACACCAUGCUGGACGCGCUCCUGCCCCCUGACACAUACUUCCGCUUCAACCCCUACUUGAGCGAGGACAUCCCGUUGAACGAGAGCCGCGCGGAGAAGCUGAACUUCCUCAAAGGCGAGGGGGAGCGCUACCUGGAGCGCAACGAGGCCAAGCUGAGGAUGGCGGCCAGCGUGCUGGGCCAGGAGAAGAGCACCAUCCAGAGGCUGGCCGAGUGGGCCAAGCUCAAGGCCAACAUGUACGAGGGCCUCCCCUUCGUCUCCAAGCUGUAGUUAUUGACUCGCCAACAGUUUGGCCACAAGUGAGUUUUUAAGGUAAGAAGACAUGGAGUACAUAAACUGCCAAGACGUGGAAGAUUAGGGGGAAAACUGGACACAUAUCUUGUUCACAUUUUGAUCAUCAUCUACCGAGCAUUAAAAGUGUUUUUUUGAGAAAUGUAUAACCAUAUUUAUUAAUCAAGACAAUACGAUACUGUAAAUAAUAGUGUGAUGUAAAUUGUUCUUUGUGGGACACAAUGUUUCUAAGAUGGAGACUGAAUUAUAUACUUUUGAAAAGAAUGAAGGAAGUUUUUACUCUGUUCAUACAUUUAUGAAUGUUAUGCUGUUGAGUGUUGACUAAACACACAAUGACGGUAUUAUGACACUGACACAUGACUAUAUUAUGAAGAAUAUUGUUAAUACAACUAUUUUGUAAAAAAAAAAAGACUGAUUUUAAUUUUCAGUAACUUGAAUAUAUUAAGAUGUAAUUAAUACAUGAAAUGUAAACAUGACUACCUAUUUCUAACAUUGUACAGAAGAAAGAGUUCAUGCACUUUGUAAGAUACAAAGUAAUUGCCAAUUAUUUGAUUGCUCUCCUUGCUAGGAUUUAAGAAUACGACAAAAGAAAUCCUGCUGAUUCUUAAUGUCACUGUGUUGUAUUAAUGCAUACAUACACUGCUAUCUGUUUCAGAUACUUAUGGUAAAGAAUGUGAAUACUGCUUUGCUUAUGAAACAAAGCAUGUUCUCCUUCCUGGUCCAUUAUUCAGUUUGACGCUUUAACUUUUUAACCUAGCUCAAGCCUGACUUCAUCAGCACUGGCUCUCGUUGUUGUACACUUUAUACAUUUGACACACUUUUUACAUUGUGAGAAUCAUAAUUGCCCUGAUUCCUUACUUAUUUUAUUGCUUGGUGGAAUGCGAAGAAAUAAAACAAUGUAGAUAAAUAAAACUUGGGUUUUCAAAACCGUGAUCAAA